UACCGUUGAGGACACAAUGUUCACCAUUUCGUGUGCAAGUGCUUGUGUACGAGUUGGUACUCUCCUGGCUACCAUCGCUGUUGUGACUUGUGAUUAUGAUGGCAAUCAAGCGGCGAGUUUUGCAGACAGAAAUUUGGACUCCAAUGUACUUUGCAACGGAGGGAGAUGCACAGAGACUAGCGACGGGAUAGCCGGUGCCAUGUGGUUCGGCCCAAGACUAGGAAGGAAGAGAAGAUCAGAUGAAAAAAUGGAAACAAUCGACGAAGAAAUCGGCGCUAUCGCUGAUGUCAUCAAUAGCGGACCAUGGGCCUGGGUCGCGUAUUCCGGUGGUGGAGAUAAACGACACACGACGCAAUUCACCCCUCGACUCGGCCGAGAAUUAACCGACGAUUUUCUCCAAAAAUACAUGGCUUACGAUUUCGACAAAAAUCGAUUGUCCCGUUACAUCGCUGCCCCGGAAGACGCGAGCCUACAGCGUCAUCAAUCACCUCCCCCCCCACCCCCCCAAUUUGCCCCGAGACUUGGACGUAAUUUGCCAUUCAACCCCUCACCGAGACUCGGACGUCACCUGCGAUUUGUGCAGAAAGUUUGAAAUCUCAUUAUUCCAGAAGCCACGACCGCAGGAGCAAUCGUCUCCUCGUGAUCUAUUUAUUUCAUGAACAAGCAUCUUGAUGAAUUCACUGAGAUAUUAUGGAGUAUUACAAGAGGGCAUAUUUAUAUUUGUAUUUUAACAUUUCCACAUAAUUAUUGUGUUGUAUAUAAAGUUCAUGGAGAUUACUCGAAGCGAAGUGUUUAUAAUUAUUUAUAACUGCAUUGAAUUCAUGAUUUCAUUGAUUUUGAGCCCGAUCUUCAUCGAUUUUGUGACUCGUCAUGACUUUAUUGUCCCCAUUCACGAUU